AUGGACAAGAGCAUUCCUGUAGUUAGCAAGAUUUUUUGCUCAGGCACUCCAACAAUGCUGAUGAUAAGGAGGAGACCUAUUGUAGUGAAUGGUGGCGGUUUUGUUGUUACUGACCUCAGUCAUAACAUUGUAUUCGUCGUAGAUGGUUGUGGAAUACUUGGAUCCAAGGGAGAGCUUAUGGUCAAAGAUGGUGAAGGAGAACCAAUAUUAUUCAUCUCUAAAAAGGGAGGAAUUGUCCAGGCGCUAAGCACAAGGAACAAAUGGAAUGGAUACUCCAUAGAUUACCAAGGAAAAAACAAGUUGGUUUUUAGCCUAACUGAUCCAAAAUCAUGCACAGCACAAGGUGCUCCGAUUAGAAUUCAUAUUGAACCCAAGAGGAAUUGCAAAAAUUGGGAUUUCGAAAUUGGUGGAUCUUUUGCAGAUAGAGACUGUACAAUAGUUGAUUGCACCAGAAAAAUAGUAGCCCAGAUGGGUAUGAAAGAGCUGAUAGGAGGCAAAGACUUCUACCAUGUGGAAGUGCAGUCAGGAUAUGACCAAGCUUUCAUCAUUGGGGUGAUGGCAAUUCUUGACAGCAUACAUGGAGAAUCCACCAGAUGCUGA